CAUUAAGAUUAUUGCUGUUUUACCAAAAAAUGUAGAAUGAAAGUACAAAAGUUAAAGAUAUGAGUGGUUCAUUUAAAAACAACAACCUACAGUUGACUUCCAUAUUAGAGAAGGAGAACAUAACAAUAUAAUAGAUUAGUGUUUUAUUUAAAAAACAGACAUAUGUAUUUAGUUUGCUGUAAACUGGUGUGUGUGUUUAUGUUUUGCUGUGACAGGAUCAGCGGUGGUGACGUUUCAGGACAGCCUCGCCGCCCCAACAGUGCAUUCUGGGUCCAACCCAAGAUGGCUGCGCCCUUGCAGAAGUGCUGAAGAAGUGGCUCUCCUCGGGAUUGUGUGUGAUUUCCGCCAAAACCAUCGCACCGAGUCAGCUAGCGGGCUCGCUUCUUUGAAGAAGACCACCAUACGACCCCAGUCAUCGAUAAGCGUGGCCGGUGCUCCGUGUGGCUGUGGCAGACUGUCCGUGUGAAGAUGGGCCUCAUCUCCAGCCCCUUCCCAUAGCGAAGAGCCGUGGGGAGAGGAGCCGCAGAUUCCCCUGCAAGCACGCACCCGUCCAGCUCGGAUUUGACGGCUUUGACAUACUCUACAGGCUGUGGACGCUGCCCUACAAUUUUCUGACCAGGAUUGUUUGUGCGACCGUGUCUGUCAUCGUCCGCAGACGGAGAGGUUCCUCAGACCGGGCUGAUCAUCCCACCGCACCAAGGGCCCUGAUGAAAAUGGACUCAGACUUGCUUCAUUCGCCGGCUGUGGGCCUCGCGGAGGAAGAGGAGGCCGACAUGAAUGACUGGAAACUUCCCCUGGCCUUCAUGAAGAAACGUCACUCGGAGAAGAUUGAGGGCUCCAAGGCCUUAGCGCAGAGCUGGAGGAUGAAGGACAGGAUGAAGACUGUGAGUGUAGCGCUGGUGUUGUGUCUCAACGUGGGAGUGGACCCUCCCGAUGUGGUGAAGACCUCUCCCUGUGCCAGACUGGAGUGCUGGAUAGAUCCUUUGUCGAUGAGUCCUCAGAAGGCCUUGGAGACCAUCGGGGCCAACCUGCAGAAGCAAUACGAAAACUGGCAACCCAGGGCACGUUACAAGCAGAGUCUGGACCCCACCGUGGACGAGGUGAAGAAGCUGUGCACAUCGCUGAGGCGUAACGCCAAGGAGGAGCGAGUCCUCUUCCACUACAACGGCCACGGGGUGCCACGGCCCACCGUCAAUGGAGAAAUCUGGGUCUUUAAUAAGAACUACACCCAGUACAUCCCGCUGUCUAUCUAUGACCUGCAGACGUGGAUGGGGAGCCCGUCCAUUUUCGUCUACGACUGCUCCAACGCGGGAAUAAUUGUCAAGUCGUUUAAGCAGUUUGCCCUGCAGAGAGAGCAAGAGCUGGAGGUUGCGGCCAUCAAUCCCAGCCACCCGCUCGCCCAGAUGCCGCUACCGCCCUCAAUGAAGAACUGCAUCCAGCUGGCUGCCUGCGAGGCCAGCGAGCUGCUGCCCAUGAACCCCGACCUCCCGGCCGACCUCUUCACCUCCUGCCUCACCACACCGAUCAAGAUCGCCCUCCGAUGGUUUUGCAUGCAGAAGAGUGCCAAGCUGGUGCCAGGGGUGACGUUAGACCUCAUCGAGAAGAUCCCGGGAAGGCUCAAUGACAGACGCACUCCGCUUGGAGAGCUCAACUGGAUCUUCACAGCCAUCACCGACACGAUCGCCUGGAACGUGCUGCCUAGAGAUUUGUUCCAGAAGUUGUUUCGUCAGGACCUGCUGGUGGCCAGCUUGUUCCGCAAUUUCCUGUUAGCUGAGAGGAUAAUGAGGUCGUACAACUGCACACCGGUCAGCAGUCCUCGCCUGCCCCCUACAUACAUGCACGCCAUGUGGCAAGCAUGGGACCUGGCUGUGGACAUCUGCCUCUCUCAGCUGCCAACCAUCAUUGAGGAGGGCACCGCCUUCAGACACAGUCCUUUCUUCGCCGAGCAGCUGACAGCGUUUCAGGUAUGGUUGACGAUGGGCGUAGAGAACAGGAAUCCUCCUGAGCAGCUCCCGAUUGUACUGCAGGUCCUCCUCAGUCAAGUGCACCGGCUACGAGCGCUGGACCUGCUCGGACGGUUUCUGGAUCUCGGUCCCUGGGCUGUCAGUCUGGCUUUGUCUGUUGGGAUCUUCCCCUAUGUGUUAAAGCUGCUCCAGAGUUCAGCCAGAGAGCUGCGGCCACUGCUGGUUUUCAUCUGGGCUAAAAUCCUCGCUGUGGACAGUUCAUGCCAAGCUGACCUGGUGAAAGACAACGGGCACAAGUACUUCCUGUCUGUGUUGGCAGACAGCUACAUGCCGGCUGAACAUCGAACCAUGGCUGUGUUCAUACUGGCUGUUAUCGUCAACAGCUACAACACAGGACAGGAGGCCUGUCUGCAGGGCAACCUUAUAGCCAACUGCCUGGAGCAGCUGUCAGACCCCCACCCUCUGCUCCGCCAGUGGGUGGCCAUUUGCUUGGGCCGCAUCUGGCAGAACUUUGACCCAGCCCGCUGGUGCGGAGUUCGGGACAGUGCCCACGAAAAGCUCUACACCCUGCUGUCGGAUCCCAUCCCUGAGGUGAGAUGUGCAGCUGUUUUUGCUCUGGGCACGUUUGUGGGAAACUCUGCAGAGAGGACGGACCACUCCACCACCAUCGACCACAAUGUGGCCAUGAUGUUGGCCCAACUCAUCAACGACGGCAGCCCUGUGGUCCGCAAGGAGCUGGUUGUAGCACUGAGUCACCUGGUGGUCCAGUAUGAGAGCAACUUCUGUACAGUUGCCCUCCAGUUUAUAGAAGAAGAGAAGAACUACACAGUGCCGUCACCAGCCAACACCGCCGAGCCUGGUAACCUGACUCCAGUGAGAGACAGCCCUGCCAUCCCACGCCUGCGAUCAGUCAACUCCUACACCAACAUCCGAGCUGCUACCACUGCCCGCAACCUGAACAAGAGCCUGCAGAACCUCAACCUCAACGAAGAGGGUGGACCAGCGGCCUUCUCUCCUGGAAACCUGAGCACCAGCAGCAGUGCCAGCAGCACCCUGGGGAGCCCCGACAACGACGAGUACAUUCUUUCCUUCGAGACCAUCGACAAAAUGCGAAGGGUGUCCUCCUAUUCUUCCCUCAACUCCCUCAUAGGUGUGUCAUUCAACAGUGUUUACACUCAGAUCUGGAGAGUGCUGCUGCAUCUCGCCGCGGACCCCUUCCCUGAGGUGUCAGAUCUGGCCAUGAAGGUCCUUAACAGCAUAGCAUACAAGGCAACGAUGAAUGCCCGGCCUCAGCGGAUCCUGGACUCUGGAUCUCUUACCCAGUCAGCCCCAGCCAGCCCCACCAGCAAGGGCAUGCAUAUCCACCAGGCUGGUGGCUCUCCUCCCAUGCCCAGCACCAGCAGCUCCAGUUUGACCAAUGAGGUGCCCAAACCCCCAGCAAGAGAGCAGCCGGCCACACGGCCUCCCUACACACCCACAUUGGGAGGACAGGCGCCCCACUCCCACCAGUUCCCCCGCACUCGCAAGAUGUUUGACAAGGGACCGGAGCAGGCGGCUGAGGAUGGUGACGAGCCGGGCGGUCACAGGAACUACAUCAGUGCCGCCCUCCAGACGGGCCUGUGCGAUUGGAGCGCCAAGUAUUUCGCUCAGCCUGUCAUGAAGAUCCCAGAGGAGCACGACCUGGAGAGUCAGGUGAGGAUGGAACGUCAGUGGAGGUUCCUGAGAAACACCCGUGUGAGAAGACAGAGCCGAGGCAUCACACAAAGAGGUGUUUCCCGUCUGGACGAUCAAAUAUUCAUCAACCGAAACCCUGGAGUACCGUCUGUUGUGAAGUUCCACCCCUUCAACACCUGCAUCGCCGUGGCCGACAAGGACAGCAUCUGCUUCUGGGACUGGGAGAAGGGCGAGAGGCUGGACUACUUCUACAACGGAAACCCUCGUUACACUCGCAUCACGGCCAUGGAGUACCUGAAUGGACAUGACUGUUCAUUACUGCUCACUGCAACAGACGAUGGAGCGUUACGUAUCUGGAAGAACUUUGCUGAUCAGAAGAACCCGGAGAUGGUGACGGCGUGGCAGGGCCUUUCCGACAUGCUGCCCACUACCAGAGGUCAGCCCUCCACCAGCGCUCACAGUCUGGCCAGAAGGGUCUCCAUCUAUCUUGACAGGAGUAAGCAAGGAGGUGCAGGUAUGGUCGUCGACUGGGAGCAGGAGACGGGUCUACUUAUGACGUCCGGAGAUGUUCGAGUCAUCAGGAUCUGGGACACUGACAGGGAGAUGAAGGUCCAGGACAUCCCAACAGGAGCAGACAGCUGUGUGACCAGCCUUUCCUGUGACUCCCAGCGUUCACUCAUCGUCGCUGGGCUGGGUGACGGAUCCGUACGUGUAUUCGACAGGAGGAUGGGUCCGAACGAAUGUCGGGUGAUGACCUACAGGGAGCACGGAGCCUGGGUGGUCAAAGCUCAUCUACAGAAGGAGACAGACGGACAUAUUAUCAGCGUCAGUGUUAAUGGAGACGUUCGAUUCUUUGAACCUCGGACACCAGACUCCAUCAAUGUGCUGCAGACAGUAAAGGGGUUAACAGCCCUGGACAUCCACCCGCAGGCCAACUUGUUUGCAUGUGGAUCGAUGAACCAGUUCAUAGCAGUCUACAACGCUAAUGGCGAUGUGAUCAGCAACAUAAAGUACUAUGACGGCUUCAUGGGACAAAGGAUUGGGGCCAUCAGCUGUUUAGCCUUCCAUCCUUACUGGCCUCACUUGGCCGUUGGCAGCAACGACUACUACAUGUCCAUCUAUUCAGCCGAGAAGAGGCUCAGAUAACACACCAGCAUUCAUUUCCCCCCCCCCCAACAAAACCCACAAAACAACCAUAUAUGACUUCGACCCGAGCCUCACACUCCGGGAUGUAAAUAUAAUAUAUAUAUAUAUAUAUCUUAUUUAACCAGGUAGUCUCAUUGAGAUUAAAAUCUCUUUUUUAUGAGUGACCUGGCCAUGAUGUUUUUGUUGUACAUAUGCAAUUACUACCCUGAAUGUUCUAGUGAGGUGCUGACAAAAACUCAUGCACAAACGACGAUAUAUAUAUUAUUAUUAUAUUUAUUAAUUCGCAUUGUUUAGUCAUAUUCUUAUUAUGAAGCUAAUGAUUGUAGACUUGGCUGUGCUGAGGAGUGUGUAUAUUUAAAUUGCAUAUACAGUAGAGGUUCUAUUUUAAAGAAGUGGUACCCACCGAUCACUGGGACUCCUCCUCGCCACACAGCGGCAUCACUACCUGAAUGAACUGUGCCCCCAGUGAAGUGGCGCAAAGAGAGAGGGAGGGGGGGUCGCCCAGAGGACAAUACACACUGUUGAAACACAUUCACUGGUGCAGAAAACAUGGCCUCACCCUCCGCUGGACCUGGUGUGUUUAUGAAUUAAUUUUAAUGACUGUCUUGCAGCCAAAGGACACAGAGUUCUGCUGCACUGCUGGAAAGACGUUUGUAAGGAUGGACCCUGAGAUGGUGGACUAUGCUCAUUCUUGCCUGUAACGUUGACCAGGCAAAUGUGUUGAGAGAGAGAGAGAGAGAGUGUGUGUGUGUGUGUGUGUGUGUGUGUGUGUGUGUGUGUGUAAAAUGGAUUAUAGCACAGAUGUGCCCCACAGUGGGCCCCUCAUAGCCUUGGACUUCAAUGAUGCCCAAAAAAAAGAUGCCUGCUCCUAUGCUAGAACUUUACUUUUUGCUUCCCAACCCAAGCGUGCCAAACGUGACCAUAUUUUCCAUGCAGGCCCCUUUGUUGUGGCUCAAAGAGGUGUUUUUUUCUGUUGUUUUUUUUUUAAGCUUCACCUGUAAAAAGGGAAAACCUCUAUCACCCCAAUGAUAUACCCUUGUGUCUAGCACAGUGAGAGGAGGUCUGGAUUGGUAAAAGCUAAGCACCCAGUCCUACAGGGAGCGUGCAGUACCUGCCUACCUGCUCGCAAAGCAAUAAAAACCUCCCAUGAUUCAGCCUCAAGCUCCUCCUCAUCACUUCAGUUUGAAGCUGAUAGCAGCAUCACAUGCUGUUGACAGCUAAGACAGUUGUACUUGCCCAGGACCUGACCUGCAGCACCCAGAGCCCUAGCCUAGCAAUACAGACACACUAUAUUAUUUCAUAGCAGUGUAAUACUUUUUUUUAUUGUUAGAGUACCAGAUGGGUAUGUUUUCACCCCAUCUACUCACACCAGUUACAGGAAAGAUGUCAAUUAAAUUGAUUUCUCUGUGACUGUCUAAACUUUCUGCUAUCAAUACAUCCAAAUUCUUCCUAUGUGGGCUCAAAAGAUAACGAAAAAAGCUGGAAAUAUGUUAUUAACCUGUUUCAGAUGAAAUGUUUCCUAUGUCCAGUCCAUCUUUUUAUGGCUUCUGGAAAAUAUGAAUAGAAGGUUUACCCCAGGUUGCUCAUCUAAUCACAGUGAGAGGCUCUUUUCUCAUUUCCAGGCAGUCAAAACACCCUUUGAGCACAUGGCACUGUAGGUUUAGAGAACUUUUAGGUCAUGACUUAUCACACCCACUGUUUGAACCUGUUUGUAUUCUUAUUCUUAUUUUAUUUUGCUAGCUUUCCCCAUAUUUGAGUUUUAAAUUUGAUUUUAUUGCCAAAUGUGUUUGGUUUGAUUUUUUUUUUUUUUUUGGAGUUGGAGGCAUAAAGUGAGUUGCAUGUUAAUGGCACCCAUCAGAGCCGUGGCACUCUUUAACUUUGUACCUGCACAUGCUCACCGUGUCAAGUUUUAGUCAGCGUCCUAAAUCUCGCUCAGGUACUUAAUGAGUCACCUCAAACCAAGGUCGAGCAACCGCCUUGCUGGUGUCUGCAGCGUGAUGGGCUGGUGUGCUCAGUCACGUGACCUGCUGCCGUGUCACUCCAGAGAUUAUGGAAGAUGUUGACAAAUGUCAUUGUGAUGCUGUUUUGGGCUCUGAAUUUUUCUUUUUUCUUUUUUUUGUGCAGAAUUACCAUUUAUGUGCCUCUUCUCUGGGGCUGCAGCUUUGCUUAUUUAGCUUUUUUUUUUAAAAAUUCUCUUUCUGUUUUGUAAUUUUUCUGUUUUUAUUCUGCUUAGCCUCCGCGAGGUGUAGCGGAAAAAAACUGGUGACAGCUUGACCCUCACACUCACUGCUCCGGCCCCCCUUCAUUGCCAACCAACCCCGAUAGCUGCUGCCUUUUCUCUUUCCUUUCCACCUAACCCCUCAGCCUGCAUCAGUUUUCCCAAGCUUUGCUUUUCCCUGCCGGAGGAAUGACCUUGUGGACUGAAAAUGAACUGGUAACACACACACCAUACAGUCUGUAUAAGCGACUGCACUUGUAGUCACCACAUUAGUCCCCAGCAUUACCCCGUCACUGAGGUCUUUAGUGCUCUCUGCGGUUUAGCAGACCUCAACUGUUCACUGGCUCAGUUCAAACAGUGCAUUUUGGCAUUGGCACACACAGAAUCACAUUCAUCUCUAAGCAGUUUUUUUUUGUUUGUUUGUUUGUUUUUUUAUUAUUCAUUUUUGGGGCUUUUCAGCCUUUAAUAGAUAGAGAGACAAGAAAUGCAGGAGAGAGAGAUUGGGGAUGACAUGCAGCAACACCACAGGCUGGAACUAAACCCUUGCCAUCUGUGGUAAAGACAUAGCCUUGGUACAUGGGGGCACAUGCUCUACCAGCUGCCAGCGUACCCCUGCUUUGAGUUUUAAGAUUUUAGAUCUGAAGAAAAAGAAGAGACUUUAACAAAGUAGUAAGAAAGGAAAAAUGAAAACAAUCAGGUUUGUCUCUGUGACUGCAAGACUGCUUUGCUGAUUGUGGUUUUAAGACAGGAGAUGAAAUCAAUGAAAUAAACCAAAUACAACACCA